CUUGCGUGAGGGUGUGGGCGCAUUUAAUGUUUCUUCUCUCCGAUUGAUAGCUGGCGGAAUUCGGGAAUGGAGUAUCCCCUCGGCAGUCGUGCUCCGGCGGUGCUGCAGCUGCAGAAAUGGAGCCCGUCUCGGGCCGAGCUCAACCUGUCGGAGUUUCGCGAGGCUUUUAUGUCCCCUACGCGGCGGCUGCUGCUGCUGCUCUCGUAUCAGUGCGAAGCCGCGCUCCUUCCUCUGCUUAGAGGGAACUCGAAUAUCGUAAAUUAUUCAGAGUGUUGUGGCGACGAUGGGACUUCUCAGGAUCAUGGUUCUUCACCUUUGACAGAACAUAAUACGUCAAACUUAGGGAAUGAUUUGCCAUCCACAUCUGGACAGGCAACAGAAUGCGAUGUUGAGUUUUUUUAUCGUAGUAGCUUUCCCGGAGAUGGUAGCUGUCCAUUUAUUUCAGAUGUAACUUCACUGGCUUGGGGUGCAUGUGGUGACACUUAUAGUCAUCACCAGGAUACUCCAUUCAAGGAAUUUCUUUUUGUUUCUGGGAGACGGGGGGUGACGGUUCAUGCUUUUUGUCAACAUGAUAAGCCCAGUGAAAGAACUAAAUUUAUGCCGGAGUCUAAAUUUGGGGAAGGAAGGUGGAUGGAAUGGGGCCCUUGUGCUUCGACUGCUCAAACUACAGAGCCUUCUAGCUCAUCACUUGAGGUCUCUGGAGAUUGCACUGAGCGAAUUGAAAAAACGACGGGUGAUACUCACAAAGGCUCUGCUAAUGAUGGGUCAUCAAGCAACAUGCUUUCAAAGAGGUGGUUGCGGUCCUUCUUUACCAGAGUUGAAACUGUGGAAUCAGAUGGUAACAUUUGGAUCCAGUUUCCUUCGGGGCUGUCAUAUCCUUACUCUGCUGAGGUUGUUUCUUUUACCAUUUUUGACAAUAAUUUCUCAUCUCCCGAUGCUGUUUCCAAUGGUCAAUAUGUUGGAGACGCCAAAGAUAUUCAACCUGAAACAAUUCUUGAUCCACUUGAUGAUGCAUCCGUAAAUUCCAGCCCUAAUUUUCUCUCCGAUAGAUUAUCCAAAUUUUUAGGUGUCAGCCUUGACUGUCGCUAUUGUUGUUCCAAAGUUUUCUCCAGCAAUUCGCAUUACUUGAUUGGGUUUGUCUUAACAUCAGAAGAUUAUAGUUCAAUUAGCAGCAGUGAUGCCAGUGAAAGAUUGGGGAGCAGAACUUUCAUUGUUGUUCUCAGAUUAGCUAGUUUGGGAAUUGAGUGGGUUUCCUCGGUAAAGCUUGGGGAACAUUUAACCAUGGACCUGCCUGGUGUGUGGACAGACUUUUGCUUUUCUGAUAGUCUAGUUGUUUGCCUUGCUGCUUCUGGCUUAAUCUGUUUUUAUGCAGCGAUAUCUGGUGAGUACGUGAGAAGUUUAGAUAUCAUGCAAGCUUGUGGAGUAAGUUCUCAGUUGAACUCCUUUCAGCAAGAAAAUAUCCACCUGGGCAGUAAACCACAAGUCAAACCAGUUGAGACUUUUGAAGAGAUGACCCACAAAAGCAGUCAUCUUAAUGUCAAAAAGAAGUUUACAAGGCUAGUUGCUGCUUCAUACACAUCUCUAUUAGCUGCAGUUGAUGAAAAUGGUGUGAUAUAUGUAGUAUCUGCUGCCAAUUUUUUACCAGCCGAAUACUAUUCGAAUCCUCUGCUUCCGCCACAUAUUCAUCAGUUGGGGAUACUAGUUGGGUGGGAGGUUGGUGGUUUUGACAUAGGGCAUUCGUUGGUUUAUCCUAGUGUUUCAAGAAUGCAACAUAGAAACAACGGGAGUAAGGAGCUUCGGAAAUGCCAGAACUGGUAUUCGAGUGGGAUGAGAAGCCAGCAUGACUCAUCUUUGACUGGAUCUGGCACUUCAAUGAUAGCAUAUGAGAGUUCUCAUAGCUUAAGCUUAAAAUCGAAGUGCAGGCGCACAGUCUUUCUUCCCAUGAAUGGUUUUAAAGAGGAUGACUGCAUAAGUUUGUCUCCUCUGGGAAUUACUAGGCUAGCUAAAAAGCACACGUUGAAGCAAGAUGGUUGUCAAAUUAUGCAUUGUGAUCUUCAAGUGGAUUUUGUUGUUUGUAACAACCAUUGUAUGAAUACCAAGACCAAGCCUUUCAAUCCCCAAGUGAGUAAAGGGGGUUUCUUUGGAGAAGCAGUUGGCUGCACUUUCCAGGGAUGUCUGUAUUUGGUGACACAGCAUGGUCUUUCAGUAGUUCUUCCCUCAACUUCAGUUUCACCAAAUAUGCUUCCUAAAUCUAUAGGAUAUAAGUUCAGAAGUAAUGAUGGAGGCGCUCUAGAUGAAGCUGGUAAUUGUUUGGGAAUUGAAGAAAGAUAUCGGUUUUGGUCACCCUGGAAACUUGAUGUUUUGGAUAGAGUCAUUCUGUAUGAAGGCCCAAGAGUGGCAGAUCGCUUAUGCUUAGAGAAUGGAUGGGACUUGAAAGUUUCUCGAAUACGGCAAUUACAACUAGCAUUGGACUAUUUGAAAUUUGAUGAACUAGAGAGAUCCCUAGAUAUGCUUGUGGGUGUCAAUCUCUCGGAAGCAGGCAUUUUGAGAAUAAUCUUCCAGGCUGCUUUUUUGAUGUAUGGAAAAGUUGGCAGUGAUAUGGAUGUAGCUGUGGCAUCAAAGCUUCUAGCAUUGGCUUCUUCCUUCGCUACCAAACUGAUUCGAACAUAUGGUUUGCCACAGCAGAAGAAACAUGCUUACAUGUUAGAGGGCUGUGACAGUGAAGUACUUCCUCCCUCCCCUCUAGCGGAGGAAGUGCAAAGUGAAAUGAAAAAAUCAAAAAGGCUUAAUGAGAUGGCAUAUUUUCUGGAGAUCAUUCGGAAUUUGCAAGGACAACUUGCUGCAAAACUUCAAAGGCCAGGCCAAGGAUUGGUGGAUGUGGGGGAAGCAUCGAGUUUGGUGGAUGCAGAGCUAUCUACUGAUGAAUCUGGACUUUCAGUUGUCCCGGCAAGUUCAAUGUCCCUUAGAGCAUCUAACCACCAUGAUGUUUCUCUACCGGCUGCAGUCCUGGAUUUUGGAAAUAAUGAAAGUCUUGCUUUGACACUGGACUCUUUGGAUUCUAGAGUCCUCACGAAUUUAGAUGACACACGUGAUACAUCUUCCAUUGUAACCCGAGUGGUUGAGGGAGAGAUUCCUAGAAGGAAUCUUCUUCCCUUGGAAAAUCCCAAUGAGAUGGUGAGACGCUGGAAAAUGGACAAUCUUGAUCUUAAGACUGUGGUCAGAGAUGCUCUUUUUUCAGGUCGUCUCCCCUUAGCUGUUCUUCAGUUGCACCUCCAUCACUCAAUAGAUCUGAUCGGUGAGAACGAGCAUCAUGAUACUUUCAAUGAAGUUCGUGAAGUUGGAAGGGCUAUUGCAUAUGACUUGUUUCUUAAGGGUGAAACAAGACUUGCUGUAGCAACGCUUCAAAGGCUUGGAGAAGACAUAAAAACCUGCCUGAAGGAAUUACUUUUUGGCACCGUGAGGAGAUCUCUCCGAGUGCAGAUUGCGGAGGAGAUGGAAAGAUGUGGUUAUUUGCGAGGCAAUGAGUUGAAGAUAUUGGAAACAAUAGCGUUAAUUGAGAGGCUAUAUCCCAGCAGUUGUUUCUGGAAAACAUUUCUUGGCCGGAGGGACCAAAUGGAGAAUGCAGUAGAGCAAACUAAUAUGCAAUUGUUGCUCUCACCUAUGUUCGUCAAUAUUACCAUUGAGUGUGGUGAGAUCGAUGGAGCUGUCAUAGGUUCAUGGGUGAAUGUUGGUGGUAAUUCUUUAGAUCCUGUGGUUAAUGAAGAGAGUGUUCAUGGUGGAUAUUGGGCUGCUGCAGCUGUUUGGUCUAGCAUCUGGGAUCAGAAAACUGUAGAUCGGAUUGUACUCGAUCAGCCUUUUGUGAUGGGGGUUCAUUGUCUUUGGGACUCGCAACUUGAGUACCACAUCUCCCAUAAUGAAUGGGAGGAGGUUGCCAGACUGUUGGACUUGAUGCCUUCAUCUGCAGUAUGUGACGGAAGACUACAAAUCACUUCUCAUGAUUUGCAGCCUAGCACUACAGAUGGAUAUAGCAAGCAAGUUUCUUACCAUGUUGAUGAUUUAUUCUCUCCCGAUGAAAUGGAUGACCCCUGCAUCAAUGUACCAGGUGUUAAGAUUUUCAGGUUUUCAGCAGAUAUGAUGUGUUCUAUGUGGGUAAAAAUGCUCAUUGAGCCAGAGCUUGCAAAAAGGUUUAUUUUCUUAAGAGAGUACUGGGAAGACACAUGGAACAUAGUGCCUCUCCUGGCUCGUUCAAGCUUCAUUACGAGAAAGUAUCAUACUCCAUUAGAGAGUGGUUCCUAUGAGAUCCAGUCAAAGGUUAAUGCCUUCAAUGCCAGAGAAACUUGUCUUACUGAUUCUAUUCAAAAUUUGCAUAAGGUCAUUGCACGUCAUUGUGCUCAGUACAACUUGCCGGAUUUUCUGGACCUUUAUCUUGAUCAUCACAUGCUUGGUUUGGAUAGUGAAUCCCUCGAUCCAUUGCUGGAAGCUGUAGGCGAUUGUCAAUGGGCGAGGUGGUUGCUCUUUGCUAGAGUUAAAGGGUGUGAAUAUGAAGCAUCAUUUUCUAAUUCUCGUGCGAUAGUAACUCCCAGUUUAUCUCCUGGUAGUAAUCUGAAUGUUUUGGAGACGCACUCUGUCAUUCGUACUGUUGAUGAGAUUGCAGAAGGAGGGGGAGAAUUGGCUGCUAUUGCAACUCUUAUGUACGCCCCUAUCCCCAUUCAAAACUGCUUGAGCACAGGCAGUGUUAAAAGGCAGAGUACUUCCUCGCAAUGCACAUUGGAGAACCUUCGACCUAGCUUGCAACAUUUUCCUACUUUGUGGCGCACCCUUGUAGGGGCAUGUUUAGGGCAAGAUGUGAAUUGCAAUCUUCCUGGAAGUAAAGUAAGAAAUGUGUUUGGAUGUUCAGCUUUAUCAGACUAUUUAAGUUGGCGCGAGCAUAUAUUUUUCUCCACUGGCCGUGAUACUUCACUCAUGCAAAUGUUACCUUGCUGGUUUCCCAAGGUCGUGAGGAGACUAGUACAGCUAUACAUCCAGGGUCCUCUUGGAUGGCAGUCACUAACGAUGCCAUCCACUUCUGAGUAUUUACUGCAUAGAGAUGAUCUUUUCAUAAAUGGAAAUGAACUUGCUCAGGUUAGUGCUAUCAGUUGGGAAGGAACCAUUGAAAAGCACAUUAAAGAGGAACUCUAUGAUUCUUCACUUAAGGAAACUGGACUUGGCCUUGAGCACCACUUACAUCGUGGGCGUGCAUUGGCUGCAUUUAACCACCUUCUUGGUGCUAGAGUCCGGAAGUUGAAGUUGGAAAGACAAUCGGGUGCUUCAGUACAUGGACAAGUCAAUGUUCAGUCGGAUAUUCAGAGACUGCUUGGCCCCGUUACUCAAAAUGAAGAGUUGCUUCUUGCACCUGUGAUGCCACUUGCUAUCAUGCAUUUUGAGGAUCCUAUGUUGGUUGCUUCCUGUGCAUUUUGCUUGGAGCUUUGUGGUUUAUCUGUUAGUAUGCUCCGAGUUGAUGUUGCUGCUUUGCGAAGAAUAUCUUCUUUUUACAAGUCUAGCGAGAAUUAUGAGGACUAUAGACAGCUGUCUCCCAAAGGUUUGGCUUUUCAUGUAACACCACAAGGAGCAGAUUUAACAGAAUCACUUGCUCGGGCACUGGUGGAUGAUUAUCUGCACAAUGAUAGCGCAAGCAUCACUAAACAAAAGGAUGUUGCAGAUUUGGUUGAUGGUAAGAGACCAUCACGACCUCUCAUGCUUGUCUUAAAGCAUCUGGAAAAGGCUAGUCUCCCGCUGAUGGUAGAUGGAAGGACUUGUGGGUCUUGGCUCAGAAGUGGUGGAGGUGAUGGAGCUGACUUAAGAUCAGAACAAAAAGCUGCCAGCCAAUGCUGGAAUCUAGUCACAGCUUUCUGCCAGAUGCAUCAACUUCCAUUGAGCACAAGAUACCUUGCACUGUUGGCAAGAGAUAAUGAUUGGGUCGGGUUCUUGUCUGAAGCUCAGGUUGGAGCAUACCCCUUUGAUGUUGUAGUUCAAGUUGCAUUGAAGGAAUUUAGUGACCCUCGACUCAAGCUUCAUAUAUUAACUGUGAUGAAAAACAUGCAGUCAAGAAAAAAAGCUGGCUUGUCAUCACAUUCUGAUACUGAAGAAAAGGGGAGCGGAAUUUCUUGUUCAGAUGAAAACAUGUAUAUUCAUGUCGAACUGUUCAGGAUCCUUGCAGAUUGUGAAAAGCAGAAGAAACCUGGGGAGGCUCUUUUGGUCAAAGCAAAAGAGUUGUCAUGGUCUAUAUUGGCAACUAUAGCCUCUUGCUUCCCAGAUGUGACUCCAUUUUCCUGCCUAAGAGUUUGGCUGGAAAUUACUGCAGCAAGGGAAACUUCAUUGGUCAAGGUCAGCAAUAUGACUUCGCACAUUGCAAAUAAUGUGGCAGCAGCCGUGAAAGCUUCUAAUUCCCAGCCAACAGAAGAUAGAGCUCUUACAUUUCAUUAUAAUAGAAGCAAUCCCAAGCGUAGGCGGGUCAUGGAACCUGUACCUGUUGAUCUAUCAGCCCCAGUUGGUGAAUCAUCAAAUGUUUUCUCCAAGGAAAUGACGUUUAUUGAUCAGGGCAUUAGCCCUAUGGGGGAAAGGAAAGGUGAAGUAGUUACAGACAAAGUUUCUACCGUAUGUGAUGAAGGACCUACUUCUUUGUCAAAGAUGGUCGCCAUGCUUUGUGAGCAAGGACUGUUCUUGCCUUUGCUAAGGGCAUUCGAAAUGUUCCUUCCUUCGUGCUCUUUAUUACCUUUUAUCCGUGCUCUGCAGGCAUUCUCUCAGAUGCGCUUAUCUGAAGCUUCAGCGCAUUUGGGUUCCUUUUCUACCCGAGUCAAGGAAGAACCGACGACCUUACAGACUAGUAUGAAAAAAGAAGAGAAUAUAGCAAGCUCAUGGAUAAGUUCUACUGCUGUAACAGCUGCGAAUGCUGUCCUUUCUACUUGUCCAUCUCCAUAUGAAAAGAGAUGCUUACUACAACUUCUUGCAUCAACCGACUUUGGUGAUGGAGGAUCUGCGGCAGCAUACUAUCGACGGCUUUACUGGAAAAUCAACUUAGCUGAGCCCUUACUGCGGAAAGAUGACGUCCUGCAGCUUGGUAAUGAGACUCUAGAUGAUGCUUCUCUUUUAGCAGCACUAGAAAAGAAUGGUUACUGGGAGCAAGCACGAAAUUGGGCCAGACAGUUGGAUGCUAGUGGGGGACCUUUGAAAUCUUCUCUUCACCAUGUUACUGAAACUCAGGCUGAAUCUAUGGUGGCGGAGUGGAAAGAGUUCCUUUGGGAUGUUCCUGAAGAAAGAGUAGCUUUGUGGGGCCACUGCCAGACACUGUUCAUCAGACAUGCUUUUCCACCUUUACAGGCUGGAUCGUUCUUCCUUAAACACGCGGAAACUUUGGAGAAAGAUCUUCCAGCUAAGGAGCUUCAUGAGCUGUUGCUCCUUUCUCUGCAGUGGUUGAGUGGGAUGAUGACCCUUUCCCAUCCGGUUUAUCCAUUGCAUCUUAUAAGAGAAAUUGAAACUAGAGUGUGGCUGCUGGCAGUAGAAUCAGAAGCUCAAGUAAAAAGUGAAGGUGAGUCGAGUCCAUUUAGUCCAAGCCACGAUCCUGGGAUGGAUAGGGGUCCAGGCAUGGUUGACCGGACUGCAAUCAUCAUAGCGAAAAUGGAUAAUCAUAUGAAUAAUAUGACAAGUAGAACUGUUGAGAAGCAUGACUCAAAGGAAGGCGGGGGUUCAAAUCUUAAACACCAAGUACUGGACUCUGGCCUCUCGAACUUGGCAGGUGGCACUGCAAAGACAAGAAGGAGGGCAAAAAGCUCUGCACCAUUCAAACGGGCGGUAGUGGAUACCAUGGACAGCAUGGCUGAUUCUGAAGAUGGUAUCAGUAAUCUGAAUGCCAGGAAUGACCUGCAAUUACAGGAUGAGAACUCAAAAAUGGAGCUUCCAUUUUCAAGGUGGGAGGAAAGAGUAGGACAAGAAGAGCUGGAGAGGGCUGUUCUGCUGUUAUUAGAGUUUGGGCAAAUUAGUGCUGCAAAGCAACUCCAACAUAAGCUGUCACCAGGGCAUGCACCUUCAGAAUUUUUACUGGUUGAUACAGCUCUAAAGCUUGCAGCUGUCUCGACACCUUGUAGUGAAAUACCAUUGUCCAUGAUUGAUGAUGAAGUGAUUUCGGUGAUUCGAUCAUGCAGUAUUUUGGCUGACCAGCAGUAUCUCGACCCGCUUCAGGUCUUAGAGAGUUUAACAACCAUAUUUACUGAUGGUAGAGGACGGGGACUUUGUAAAAGGAUAGUAGCAGUUGUGAAAUCUGCUAAUGUGCUAGGUCUUUCAUUUUCGGAAGCUUUUGUGAAGCAGCCAAUUGAGGUCCUACAGCUGCUUUCUCUAAAAGCCCAAGAAUCAUUUGAGGAAGCAAAGCUCCUGGUCCAAACUCAUUUCAUGCCAGCUGCUAGUAUUGCCCAAAUUCUUGCUGAAUCAUUUUUAAAGGGGUUAUUGGCUGCACAUCGCGGUGGAUAUAUGGAGUCUCAAAAGGAGGAAGGACCAUCUCCUUUGUUGUGGAGAUUUUCCGACUUUCUUACAUGGGCUGAGCUAUGUCCUUCUGAACCUGAAAUUGGACAUGCGCUGAUGCGCCUGGUUAUUACUGGACAAGAAAUACCGCAUGCGUGUGAGGUGGAGCUUCUUAUUUUGUCUCAUCACUUCUACAAAUCAUCAGCAUGCCUGGAUGGAGUCGAUGUUCUUGUAGCCCUUGCUGCUACCAGGGUUGAUUCUUAUGUGUCUGAGGGUGAUUUUUCGUGUUUGGCUCGCCUAAUGACUGGAGUUAAAAACUUCCAUGCCCUUAAUUUUAUCCUUGGCAUUCUCAUCGAGAAUGGUCAGCUGGAUCUUCUUCUUCAGAAAUUUUCAACUGCUAUAGAUGCAAGUUCUGGUACUGCUACUGCUACUGCUAAGGUUACCAGAGGAUUCAGAAUGGCUGUCUUGACAUCAUUGAAGCAGUUCAAUUCAAACGACGUGGAUGCGUUUUCCAUGGUCUAUAACCACUUUGACAUGAGGCAUGAAACAGCUGCACUUUUGGAGGCACGAGCAGAGCAGUCUUCUCAACUGUGGUUCCAACGUCACGACAAAGACCAGAAUGAAGAUUUACUAGAUUCCAUGCGCUACUUCAUUGAAGCUGCAGAAGUUCUCUCGACAGUCGAUGCUGGAAAUAAAACAUUUAGGGCAUGCGCUCAGGCUUGUCUUGUUUCCCUCCAAAUCAGAAUGCCCGAUUUUCAGUGGCUCAACUGCAAUCCAACGAAUGCAAGGUAUGCACUGGCCGAGCAGUCUCGUUUCCAAGAAGCUCUAAUAGUUGCAGAAGCUUACGGUCUCAAUCAUCCGAGCGAGUGGGCACCGGUGCUCUGGAACAAGAUGCUAAAGCCAGAACUGACGGAAGAAUUCGUGGCCGAAUUCGUGGCCGUUCUUCCGCUUCAACCAUCGAUGCUUAUUGAGAUAGCGAGAUACUUCCGGGCUGAAAUGGCCGCUAGAGUCGAUCAGAAUCAAUUCUCGAUCUGGAUUACCGGUGGCGGUUUACCGGCAGAAUGGGCCAAGUACUUGGCGAGGUCGUUUAGAUGCUUGUUGAAGAGGACAAGGGACUUGCGGCUACGUGUGCAGAUGGCCACCACCGCAACAGGGUUUGGAGACGUCAUCGACGCAUGCACGAAGGCGAUGGAUAAAGUACCCGAAAACGCGGGUCCACUUGUAUUACGUAGAGGGCAUGGCGGUGCCUAUCUUCCCCUAAUGUGAACAAAACCGGCAUUGUCUAAUAGCCCAAGUAGGGUUCGCCCCGAGAAAAGGCCCGAGCGCGGGAAGCGGAGAAAACAGCGGACUAGGUGAACACUCUCUCUCGGGUGGACAUGGCUCAGAGAAACGGAGGCGGCUAAAAAAAAACAUUCUUUGAUAUUCUUUUUUCAAAUACAUUGGUGAGAAGAAAUGUACUAGGUUAGAUUAGGUCGAUUGAUCCUUGUAAAUUGAUUUUGGCUUGGCUAUUCCCUUUUGCCUGUAAUUUAAUUUUAAUUUUAAUUUUAAUUUUUUUUUGUAAUUGCUGCCAUUGAAUUUUUUUCCCCCCUCUCUGGCGCUUGGGCUUGUGGGUGUUACCGCCUUGUAUGAAUUUUUGUAAAGGGAUAGUGUAAAGGUAUUUUGAGACCUCCCAAAAAGGUUUAAAGAGACUUUUGCCUCUUUUUUGUUUAUCGCUGAA